AUGAACGAAAUUAGUAGCGAUGAAGAAGACUUUGCUAUAAAUAUUCCAACAUCGCAAUCAGCAAGUGCGGCAGCAGGGAGACAACAGAGCAUAGGCGAUUCUACAGUGCGAAGCAAUAAUUUUACGGAUAAGGACGAGGCUCGAGAAUUUUGGAGGAAAUCGCCUCGCGAAUUUUAUGUAAAGCCAAGUCGCGUCCGUUCGCAGAUCAUUUUGGCGAUGAUCUGGUCGUGCAAUCAAUUGGGCGCGGCCUACUACAACAUGCUCACGUCCGAGUUGUUCGUGAUGGACGAUACUUACGACGACGGCGUUCGCUUUAACAUCGCGAGGGCCCUGUACAAGCAGUGCCAGCCGCGCCACGUCAUCACGAUCUCCGGCACGUCCGACGAGUUCCUCACGGCGAUCGAGGCCCUGGUAACGUCGGAAAUGUCGAGCGAUCGGAGCGAGUCGGGGGUGAGCGGCGUGGGGCCGGCACAGGUCUCGCUGAGGGUGAUGCGGAAGAGGGAGCACGGCUUCGACAGAUGCUAUCACAGAGUACGAUGUCUCAAGCUCCGCUCGGAGCCGGCGAACGCCAACAACGUCGAGAGGCUUAUCUUCCUGCGGGGCCUGUUGAACUUCAAAUCGAUCGUCAUGAUCCACGCGCUGGGCCUGCUCUUGAUCUAUAUCGACCAGCAUUGGAGCAAUAUCGCGCUGGAUCCUUCCGGCAGGCCUGGCUUCGCGUCUCUGACGAGCGUGACGUUACGAGACAUCGUCAUGAUGAAUGACGAUACUUACGAGGCGUUGAAUAUCGUGCACGCCAGGCACCAUCCAAGCCUUUUUAAAUGUGGCGACGCGGCAGCGAAGAAGCAAAGUGGCAGCUUAUUCAUCCUUCUGAAUCGUUGCCAAUCCCGACCUGGAAUGCAAUUUUUGUGGAAAACGUUGCGACAGCCAACGCGAAACAUCGAUAUCCUAAAUGAAAGAUUCGGAGUUAUCGAAUUUUGCUUGAAUCCCGAUAACCAAAGUAUCGUCGAAAAUUUGACGUCGUGCUUAAGACACGUUUACCGUCUGACUAACGUUAUUCUGGAUCGUUAUUUAGCGCAGCAAGCUAAAGUUCCCGACUGGCGACGAUUACACAAGACGAUCUCUUCCAUAAUCUACAUCGCCGACAUAUGUGAGAAGCAUCGCGAGAAAGUACGGCUGUUCCACAGGAUCGUCGACAGCGUCACGAAAGAAGUGCGUUACGUCAAGUAUUUCAUCGAGUACAUAGUGGACCUUAGCGCGAAAAGAUCUAAAAAUGAUUUCAUCGUACGCGCAAAUGUGGACUCGCACUUAGAUAACUUGCAUCACGUGAGGAGCACUUUGCCCGAGACUUUGACACAAAUGGGAGAAAAGGAUAUGAAGGAUCAUCUUCCACCUUCGGUGACGACUUGCAAAAUGGUGUACAUACCAAAUAUCGGGUAUCUCUUAGCGAUCACCGGGUGGAAUCCGUCGCCAGCCGAAAAUGUCGAUUUCGAAAAUCUAGAAUUCAAAUUCGUCAGCAACAAUAUACGCUAUUAUAAGAGUCCCAGCGCCAAAGAGUUGGACGAAACCAUAGGUGAUAUAAUGUUAAGGAUAAAUAAGCGAGAAAGUUACAUCAUGUUGAAGCUGGUGAAGUAUAUAAACAAGCACGCCGCAUCGAUCUUCAACGCGAUUCAACUCUGCGCUGAAUUAGACACACUAUUAGCGUUUCACAUCGUUGCGCAAGAAUAUAAUUACGUGAGACCGAACGUGGUGGACCGACAGAUCAUAGCGGUGGAACAGGGUCGGCACCCCUUGCAGGAAUUUUUAACAACGUUUGUUCCGAAUGACACUUAUUCCGGAAAUGGAAAGAGUCUCGUGAAAAUCCUAACCGGGCCGAACGCUUCCGGCAAGAGCACUUAUCUCAAGCAAAUCGCGCUGAUUGUGUUUAUGGCUCACAUCGGCUGCUUCGUACCAGCCAAAUCGGCCACCAUAGGGGUAGUCACUCAUAUUUUAACUCAGAUUACAUCUGUCGACAGCAUCGCUCUAAACACGAGCAUGUUCCUGGAAGAUAUGCGGCAGAUAAACUCCGCUCUUUACGCGUCCACGCCGAACUCCAUCGUCACUUUGGACGAGUUUGGAAACGGAACGUCCGAAGUGAGUGGCUUAUCAUUACUCGCCGCUGUAUUGAAUAAUUUCGUCGAACGAGGGGUUAAUUGUCCGCAUAUUUUUGUGGCUACGCAUAUGCAUCGAGUGACGAACAUGUUGUCACAAAGUCCGAUAAUUGAAGAGCAAACUUUCGAGUUUGUUGCAAAUGAAGACGGCUCCGUGGCAUAUUUAUAUAGUUUAACAAGCGGACAUGUGAUACGCAGUUUCGCACAUGCAGCUGCGCGAAGUGCCGGUUUGGAUGAAAAGGUUGUUAAACGAGCGUUAGAGGUAUAUGAAAAAUUUAAAGCCGGCGAGUUACCUUCGCGACUACCGGAAGCCAAAAGUCAAGACAUGGCGACGCGCAUCAUCGAACGAUUGUUGGAAUCGGAGACUUUCGAUCUGGAGGAGUUAAAAAUGCUGGUUCGUCAAGCCACGGACUCGCCGUCCGUGAAAAUAAAUAACAAUAAACAUUGAAACAACAAUUUAUUACACCAA